UUGACUCUCAGCAUAGCAGCCAUUCACUGCACUGUGGUUCGAGCGGCUGCUGUCCCAGCUCUUUCUGUGGAAUUUGGCACGGCACGGUUUGUGAGGAAAUAGGUGGCGACAUUAACAGGGCUUCUUCUGGGUCGCGGCGGGGAUCGUAGGCAACUUGGUGAUGAAUAAGCUACGGCAGAGCUUCCGCCGGAAGAAAGACAUCUAUGUGCCGGAGUCAAGUCGGCCUCACCAAUGGCAGACAGACGAGGAGGCGGUUCGCAGUGGCAAAUGCAGCUUUGCAGUCAAGUACCUGGGACAUGUGGAAGUGGAAGAAUCAAGAGGCAUGCACAUCUGUGAGGAUGCUGUCAAGCGACUCAAGAUGGACAGGAAAUUCUUCAAAGGAUUCUUUAAAAAAGUUGGGAAGAAGCCAGUACGGGCUGUGUUGUGGGUGUCAGCAGAUGGUCUUCGAGUUGUGGAUGACAAAACAAAGGACCUGAUUCUUGACCAGACAAUAGAGAAGGUGUCAUUCUGUGCUCCAGACCGGAACUUUGAGAGGGCAUUCUCUUACAUUUGCCGGGAUGGCACCACACGACGCUGGAUCUGCCAUUGUUUCAUGGCCAUCAAAGACUCAGGAGAGCGGCUCAGCCAUGCUGUAGGUUGUGCAUUUGCUGCCUGUCUUGAGCGAAAGCAGAAACGGGAGAAAGAGUGCGGUGUCACAGCAACCUUCGAUGCCAACAGAACCACUUUCACUCGUGAGGGCUCAUUUCGUGUUACUACAGCAACAGAGGUGGCAGAGCGUGAGGAAGUAAUGAGGCAAUUACAAGAUGCAAAGAAAGCAGAGACGGAAGUGAAAGUUGCUGGGAAUUCAGCCACAAGUGUGACAAACACCUCUGCCCACCAGACAGGAGGAUCCCCAUCACCCUCCUCCUCCCCCCCUCUCUCUGUGUCCGCCCUGGGGUCCCAGGCUAUACCCCGCAGACAUGCAACUGUCGAGGCUCUGGCCAGGCAGGGUUCUUUCCGAGGCUUCCCAGCCCUGAGUCAGAAAACGUCUCCCUUCAAGCGACAACUGUCUCUGCGUGUGAGUGAGCUGCCCUCCAACAUGCAACGAAAGUCUGACUUCCCCAUCAAAAACAUAGUCCCUGAGGUAGAAGGAGAGAGUGAAAGCAUCAGUUCACUGUGCACUCAGAUCACCACAGCAUUCAGUGGACCUUCAGAGGAUCCCUUCUCCUCAGCACCGAUGCCCAAACCAGCUUCAUCGCCGCAGUCCCCUGUUGCAUCAGUGAACGGCGCAGCUUCUUCCUUCUCUGUUACUGCUCCCACUGCUAAUCCCCCAGUUCUGCUCCCCGCUCUGCCUGCUCGAGACACUAACCCCUGGGCUAAGACCCCAGCAGGGGCCCCGGCCCCUUCCCUGGCGCAGCCUGCAAGCAAAUGGUCAUCACCUACUUCUGUGGUGGUCCCUCCUACAUCUUCCCCAGCCAUGCCAUCCCACAAACGCACACCAUCAGAAGCAGACCGGUGGUUAGAAGAGGUCUCAAAGUCUGUCCGAGCCCCACACCCUAGUCCAGUCAUGGCCCCAUCCACACCCCCGAUUCAGCCCUUCACUGCCCCCAUGCCUGUGGCAACUGUACCUCCUGUGGCCUUCAUGUCCUCUCUGCCGACUGCAGUGCCCAUUUUGCCUCCUCGCCAACCCACAUAUCACACUCAGCCCCCAACCUCCUACCCGAUGUCCAACGGGCUGCCGUUCCCUCAGCCCAGUGUGCCUGUGGUAGGCAUCACUCCCUCACAGAUGGUGGCUAACAUGUUUGGCUCAGCUACCCACCCCCAGCCGUUCCCCGUACCUGCCUCCGCGACACCACAACAUGACGCCCAGGCUGUGGGUAACAUCAGCCCAUUCACCAAACCUCCACAGCCCACCACUGCGAACGCUUCACCCCCACAGCCAUCUAAUGGCAACGUAACAUUUAACGGAGCAGAUAACUGGGCUGCUCCAUCGCAACUCGCAUCAAGCUCUCAGCUUCCUGCGCAGCAUCAUGAAGAUGCCUUUGAGGCUCAGUGGGCAGCACUGGAGAGCCGCUCGCGCCAGCGCACCACACCCUCCCCAACAAAUCCCUUCUCCACCGAGCUGCACAAGACCUUCGAGAUCCAGCUCUGAAGACUGAAAUGAGAAUGUACUGGAUAAUAACGAGGCUGUUUUUUCUGGCAUGAGCAGGCGGCUGAUUGACGGGAAUGGAGUGGUGAACCUCUUCCCCUUGUCCUCUGUUUGGACUGAAAUGAAAUGGGAGACGAUGCGUGAAUCAACAGGGAGCAGAUCUUUGCACAGUAGUGGGGUGGGGGGGGAACAAAAUGCAAAGCUGUUAAGUAAGGUUGAGCUUCGUGCAAAUUUCAUUAUCAUUAUUUUCAUCAUUUUGUUUGUCGUGGGGCACAAGGUUUUCUUUACCCUGUGGAAUGCCUGUGUUGAGGUCCAUCCAGCUCUCUGGAAGCCUCUACAGCCCACCCAGGUGUUCCUCCUGGGCCUGGUUCUUGGCCACCUCUCCACUCAGUCCGGGGCCCCUUUUGACAAAACACAAGUCUUUCAUCAUCUAGCAGAGGAACUGCAGCACUGAGAGAACUCUGCUUCUAAUGAGAAGCUCUAAUUGAUAAACUUCUCAAUCAAAAGAAGAGUGAGACGAUGCCAAAUCUUUAUUUUUAUGCAUUAUAUAUUUUAAAUAGCUUUUAAAUCUAACAUAAGAGUUGUAAAUAAUCUUGCCAAAGGCACAGACUAGCUACAGUGAAGCAGGUUUGCGCGUGUAUACAGGAAAUGACCGAAUAUAUUAUACAUAAAAUAUAUAUAAAGAAUCUAUACUGUUCACGUGACUAACAGCAGUGCUAAUUUUAAUGUGAUGUAAAGAGAUUUAGCGAGGGGACAGCUGCUUUUCGAUUGUUUUGCUUUUGAAGAAAACCUCUUUUGUUUCCAGGCGUCUGUUUCAUCCUGUGAUUGGAUGUGAAUCAUCUCAGUGUAAAUAUGGUUUCAUUGCAGCAACAAUCAGUGGACCUGGUGGUGGUGGAGCCCAAAUGGUUGCCUGUCUUACUUGUGUUGAGUUUAACUUUUUAGUACAUACUUAAAAAUUUAGACUCUUCAUGCUGUAUGUUCUUCGUGUGGAAUUUUUCUUUUUUUAAACAUCUUAGGAUGUCAUCUCGUGUGUGUCCACUUCUUGUCUAAGUAGUUGAUUACUAAAUUUUGCACAAGUACUAGAUGAUUUGAGCUCACAGGUUACUAUGAUCAUCACGGGUUGAUCGACGAUGGGACGCCAUUUGCAGAGAGAAUAUGCGGCAGAAGGAUGUGCGGAAAUGCAAUGACGGCCAGCUGAAACCUACAGGGAGAUUAAAAACAUCUUCAUCUCUCACUGUUUGAUUUCUCUGUUUUUAUUUUUGAAUUUUAAAUCAAACCUGUGAAUAUGAUCUAUUCUCUAAUCUAUUUUUCCAUUUUGUAAUUAAUUCAUGACAGUAUGAUGUUCCAAUUCUUUGGAGAAAUGUUGAAGCUAAAAGAUUGAAUAAAAUGGUGGUUAAGGAAAAAGUG